AUGCGAAUUCGCCAUAACAUAUCAAAGCGUGAAGAAGUAGAAGAAGACGAAGAACACCACACUGGAGUUCCAUUCUCCGUGGGACGAAGAAGAAGUAGUAGUUCGAAAGCAGCGAUGCAGAAGGCACGCCUGAUCAAGGUCUUCCACUUCAGUGCUUUCUUCUGGUACGCGUACUGCAAUCAUUUCUGCGAUGCUUACCUGGACGUCCCAAACCGAUGGCUGUCGCACCGGAUUUUCGGACGCCACAAGUACCUGACCCACUGGAAUCUCUCCAUCCAAACGGCCACAUUUCUUCUCUGCUGCGUCGUCGACGUUCUACCACCAGAAUACACCGCGGCAGUGGCACGGGUUCGGGAUCACCUGACCCUCUCCAUAUCGAUACCCUUGUCCUUGUUCGUGACCAUCUUCUUCUGGACCCUGUACCACAUCGACAGGGAAUUCGUCUUUCCCGACAUCGUGGCCUUGUACUACCCUGCGUGGCUGAACCAUGUCCUACACACUGCCACGCUGCCGAUAAUCAUCGCCGACAUUGCGCUCUAUCGCCACGAGCAGCCGUCCAGGGCAACGGCCUUCUUAAGCCUCGCCAUCUUCGCCGUAUGUUAUAUCACGUGGAUAGAGUACUUGGGACUCGUGCACAAUGUCUGGGUGUACCCGUUGUUCGAGAUGAUUUCUGCGAACGCGUUUGUACUUUUAGUGGCCUUCAGCUCAGGCAUCGUGUUUAUCUUCUAUAUGUGCGCAGAGAGCAUCAACGGAAUAUUUUGGAAGAACAGUGUACCUAAGUCGGGCGACUUUCGAAGUCGCUCAGUAAACAAGUGA